AUGAACGCCCUGGCUCCCAGCAAGCCCGAGGGUGGUGAUACGGUCCCCCCCACCGCGCCGCAGUACUCCGAAGACCUGAUGGUCCAGUUUGGGCUAGGGGACGUCCUGGAUGGUUUGCGCUCGCGAAAAAUGCGCUCGUCGUUUUCGCACUACAUUACGGAGAUUCAAAAGGAGAAUGUCCCGCUCAAGCCGCGCUGUCCCGCCGGAUCGCUCGCGGAAAUCGCGUUGCAACCCAUCAACGAGGACGAGCGAAGGCUCGAGCUGUUCGAUGACCGAGUACUGCGAAAUGCCCUGACGUUGAAGGAAAGCGCGGAGAAGCCGCCGUUGCCGGAUUGGUUGGACGUGGAACAGCCGUGGGGAGACGAUGACCGCAAGAAAAGACGAAAGGAUAGAAGGAAGAAGCGGAAGAAGAAGAAGAGAAAGAGAGGUCAUGACGACGGUGGCGACGGGGAGGACAAUGGGAGGGACGAUGACGAGAGGCGUGCGAAGAAGAAGAGAAAAUGA